CCGACUCUUGGCCUAUCAGGACCCGGCGGGCGCGCAGGCGCAGGGGAGAAGCGGCCGGAGCGCGGCUGUUGGGCCGCCGAUGCUGAAGGGAUGGGUCGCUGAGGGGAAUUUUCUCUCACACGCCGCAUCGGGAGGCCUCGCCCUCGGCAGCCCAGUCAUGAAUAGCUGACCCCCCCCUCAUCGUUUACACUCACUGAGAGGAACCAGGCCUCUGAGGCGGAGGCCUGGCGUGUUCCCCUCUUCCCGGGGUUUGAGCGGCGGGUGCGGCAGGGCCGCCCGCCUGCCCCCUGAGGCGCCGGCAGGAUGAAGCUGGUGCGGAAAGACAUCGAGAAGGACAACGCCGGGCAGGUGACGCUCAUCCCCGAGGAGGCCGAGGACAUGUGGCACGCCUACAACCUGCUUCAGGUCGGGGACAGCCUGCGGGCCUCCACCAUCCGCAAGGUGCAGACGGAGUCGGCCACGGGCAGCGUGGGCAGCAACCGGGUGCGCACCACCCUGACGCUGUGCGUGGAGACCAUCGACUUCGACUCGCAGGCGUGCCAGCUGCGCGUCAAAGGCACCAACAUCCAGGAGAACGAGUACGUCAAGAUGGGCGCCUACCACACCAUCGAGCUGGAGCCCAACCGCCAGUUCACGCUGGCCAAGAAGCAGUGGGACAGCGUGGUCCUCGACAGGAUCGAGCAGGCCUGCGACCCGGCCUGGAGCGCCGACGUGGCGGCUGUGGUGAUGCAGGAAGGGCUGGCGCACGUCUGCCUGGUGACGCCCAGCAUGACCCUGACUCGGGCCAAGGUGGAGGUGAACAUCCCUCGGAAGCGGAAGGGAAGCUGCGCGCAGCACGACCGGGCGCUCGAGAGGUUCUACGAGCAGGUGGCGCAGGCCAUCCAGCGCCACAUCAACUUCGACGUAGUCAAGUGCGUGCUGGUGGCCAGCCCGGGCUUCGUGAGGGAGCAGUUCUGCGAUUACAUGUUCCAGCAGGCUGUGAAGACGGACAACAAGCUGUUGCUGGAGAACCGCUCCAAGUUUUUGCAGGUACACUCUUCCUCUGGACAUAAAUAUGCAUUAAAAGAAGCUCUGUGUGACCCAGCUGUGACUAGUCGACUUGCUGAUACUAAAGCAGCUGGUGAAGUCAAAGCCUUAGAUGAUUUCUACAAGAUGCUACAACAUGAGCCUGACCGGGCUUUUUAUGGUCUCAAGCAUGUGGAAAAAGCCAACGAAGCCAUGGCUAUUGAUACCUUAUUGAUCAGUGAUGAACUUUUUAGGCAUCAGGAUGUGGCUGCACGCAGUCGUUAUGUCCGGCUAGUUGAUAGUGUGCGUGACAACAUGGGCACUGUUCGCAUCUUCUCCAGUCUUCAUGUGUCUGGGGAACAGCUUGGACAACUAACAGGUGUGGCUGCCAUUCUGCGUUUUCCUGUUGCUGAGCUCUCUGAUCAGGAAGAAGAUUCCAGUUCUGAAGAAGAUUGAUGAUGGUGUACUCAUUCACCCUUCUCAUGUAAUGACUGCUUCAGCAGGGAAGGGGGUGUCUUUGUCCCAAAUAUUUUAUGCUUCUGUACCAUGCCUUACCGAAAAGAAAAAACAAUGGGAACACUAUUUUUUUAAGUGACUGGUAAGGUGAGCAUUUAGUGUGCUGCUCUAGAAUAUUGCAUAUUUAUACAUUUUCCUUGUGUGAGUGGUAAUGAUUAUGAUAGUUCUCUCUUAGCAAAACUGGACUGACAUAACUAAUUGGAAAACAUUGCUGGUGCUUUGUGGAACAUGUGGAAAACCAAUAAACUGAAACCAUGAAAGAAGAGAAUGUUUUGCUCAAGUAUUUUCUGUGUUUUGCACACACACAAAAGUUUCUCUCCCCUCCCCCCUGUUAUCAUGGGAACUUGUUUAAAUGCUAGGAUGUUAUAACUGAGUGUUGUUGAAGUGUUUAUUAAGUUGAGUUGGUGUGACAUACUGUAAGUGUAAUUGUGUUUUAUUGUGUCUGAAAGAUUGUGGCUGAUUUUGCACAAUCCUUUCAACUUACCACUGAGAUGGGCACAAGCUACAGGCACUCACAUGUAGCUGUUUUAUUCCUUUCUUCACAUGAGUGACAAAACAAAGGUUAAUAGCUUCCAAACAAGCCAGUAUACAAAGCCACAAUUUAAAAUGGUUUGGAAGCCAUUAAUUAUAGAUUCAAGUAACAGGAAGCUAUGGGUAACUGGAUUCCAGUCUUGUUUCCUAACUUACAUGAACAGAGAAGUGAAGUGGGAGCAAAGGGGCUGGAUAUGGGUGCAUGAUGCUUGCGUAUAUAUUGCUUAUUAAGUUGUGAUUUGAUCAUGCCAACACGGCCAUUGAUUUACUCUGUUGUUGAAUUGAGAAUUUUAGUUGCAACAAACAACUAUUUUAAAAAAUGAAAAGCAAAAAUAAUACUUGAUUUAUUAAAAAAGGAUUUUAAGCAGAACUCCCAUGGACACUGUUAAUGCAUAAGUGGGUCAUGUGUGGCCUACCCAUAUUUUAUUAAAUACUGUUAUUGCUGGGUUAAUCAUAACAAUGGCACAUUUCUCAUGGCCACCUAGAUCAUAAAAGGCAGUUUUCAUAGAAUAGCGUAAUCACUAAAAAGCUAAAACAUAUGUUUUAAUAAAAUGUUGGCAACAAA